GCAUGAGGAAUAAAUAUUUACUUACACCGCGGGCUUGAUUCAAGCUACAGAUUUUUCCUUUCUUCAUCGAGAGUUUCAGGAAAAAUUACCUACCUGUUUUUCGUCAUCUCGGAUUGACUUGUUUUGUGUUAUCUGUUGUGUUGUUUCUUGUGCUCAUGAUGCCAGGAUCUUCGGAAAAAAUGAACGGUUACGCUGAGAAAGACAAAGGAAACAUCGUCAUAACAGGAUUGUCCGGGCGUUUUCCAGAAAGCAACAAUGUGGAUGAAUUCAGGCAACAACUACUCGAUGGAAUCGACAUGAUAACAAACGACCCUAGAAGAUGGCCAGCUGGAUUACACGGACUACCAGAAAGAUUCGGUAGAUUGAAGAACUUGACUCACUUUGAUGCACAAUAUUUCGGGGUUCACGCCAAACAAGCUGAACAGAUGGAUCCCCAAGUCCGAAUCCUCUUAGAAGUCACCCACGAGGCAAUAGUGGAUGCUGGUUAUAACCCUAAUGAGUUAAGAGGUUCAAAAUGCGGCGUUUUCAUAGCAAACUGUGCCAGUGAAUCCCAGGAAUUUUGGGAAAUGAAAGCAGAUGAAGUAAACGGAUAUGGUUUGACCGGAUGCUCCCGUUCCAUGUUUGCCAACCGCAUUUCCUACGCGUUUGAUUUCAAAGGGCCUAGUUUCACGAUUGAUACCGCUUGUUCAAGUAGUCUCUACGCCUUUGCUCAAGCCAUGAAAGCGUUAGAGACUGGAGAGUGCGAUUCUGCUAUAGUUGGUGGUGCAAACUUACUUUUAAAACCAAACAGUUGCCUCCAUUUCAGUCGACUAGGAAUGUUGAGUCCAGAGGGGCAGUGCAAGGCCUUCGAUGCCGAAGGUAAUGGCUACGUUAGAUCAGAAUCUGUAGCAGUUAUCUUCAUACAAAAGGCAAAUGUAGCUAGAAGAUCUUACGCUUCUGUGCUAGGCAUCAAAACUAACAGUGAUGGAUAUAAAGAUUUGGGAAUAACGUAUCCUUCUGGUAAAAUGCAGCUUCAACUGAUCAAGGAAAUUUACGCAGAAACAGGCAUUGAUCCUAACCAAAUAGAUUACAUAGAAGCUCAUGGAACGGGGACAAAAGCAGGAGAUCCUCAAGAACUAAAUGCAAUUGCUGAGUUUUUCUGCAAAAACAGAAAGAAUCCGUUAUUGAUAGGUUCCGUGAAAAGUAAUAUGGGGCACUCCGAAGCAGCUUCCGCAUUGUGUUCCAUCGCUAAAAUGAUUGUUGCUAUGGAGGCCGGUUUUAUACCUACAAAUUUGCAUUACAAAAAUCCAAAUCCUGAUAUUCCAUCUCUAUCAGAUGGCCGAUUGAAGGUAGUUACUGAAAAACAUCCUUGGGAAGGUGGCACCGUUGCUAUCAAUUCUUUCGGUUUUGGGGGCGCCAAUGCUCACAUCAUUCUCCACUCUAACCCAAAAACUAAAGUGACAUCACAAACCAAAAACAUACAGAGAGUUAUAGGAGUUUCCGGAAGGACUGAAGAAGCGGUAGAAGAACUGCUGAAAGCAUCUGAAGAAAAUAGCAAUGAUGAAGAGUUUUUAGCUCUCAUUGACCAAAUUCAUAGAAUACCUACACCAGGUCAUAACUUCAGAGGUUAUACCAUACUAGAUGGUUCCAACAUUAAAGAAAUCAAUCCAGUACCUCCGGAAAAAAGGCCCAUUUGGUUUGUUUAUACAGGUAUGGGUUCUCAGUGGCCUGCAAUGGCUAAAGACUUGAUGAGAAUUGAACAAUUCAGAGAUUCCAUCAAGAAGUCAGCAGAAUUUUUGAAACCUCGAGGAAUAGAUUUAGAAGAUUUGAUUGUAAAUGGGUCGAAUGAGUCAUUUGAUAAUGUCAUAAAUGCUUAUGUUGCUAUCACCGCAAUUCAAAUAGCUUUUACUGAUAUUUUAAAGAUGUUGAAAAUAGAACCAGAUGGUAUGAUUGGACAUUCAUUUGGAGAAGUGGGUUGUGCAUACGCUGAUGGAUGUUUAACUGCCGAAGAAGCAAUACUCUGUAACUUAGAAAGAGGUGUAGCGCUGAUAGAGAGUAAUUCUCCACAGGGAUCUAUGGCCUCCGUAGGUCUUUCUUGGAAAGAUGCGAAAGAAAGAUGUCCUCCAUUAGUCUAUCCUUCAUGCCACAAUAGUAAGAACAAUGUAACAAUUUCAGGAGAACCAAAAGAGAUGAAGAGAUUUAUGAAAACCCUAGAAUCAGAAGAUAUAUUUGUGAGAGAAGUUAAUAGUGCAGGGUUUGCAUUUCAUUGCAGACAUAUAGCUAAAGCAGCACCGAUUCUUCAGAAAUCUCUAGGAAAUAUUAUAUCUCAACCAAGACCACGUUCAUCCAAAUGGGUGUCAACCUCAGUUCCUCAAGCUAAAUGGCAUACUUCUAAGGCUCAGUUUUGUUCCGCUGACUACUUCGUCAAUAAUUUGCUUUCUCCUGUUUUAUUUCAGGAAGGUGUAGGAAAUAUCCCUCAGAAUGCUCUGGUUAUAGAAAUUGCACCAACAGGAUUAUUUCAGAACAUUCUGAAAAAGUCGAUUGGGUCUGAAUGCGUAACUGUGAGUUUAUCAAGAAAGGACCACAAAAACAAUUACAAUUUUUUUUUGGCUGCUAUUGGUAAAAUAUAUGCUGCAGGGGCUCAACCGUAUUUGAAUGCUCUAUACAAAUCUCCCUCAUUUCCUGUGGGAAGGGGUACUCCUAUGAUUUCUCCUCAUAUAAAAUGGGACCAUAGUAUAGAAUGGACCGUAGCUUCUUUCCUUGAACAAGAACAGCAAUCUGGGCAGUUUUUCGUGGAAAUAGAUUUAGCCAAGGAAGAGAAUAAGUUUAUGUUGGAUCAUAUCAUUGAUGGAAGGAUCAUUUAUCCAGGAGCAGGCUAUUUGGUUCUUGUUUGGCAAGUGUUCGCCAAAACUCAAAACAAAGAAUAUGAGAAAAUGCCCGUCCUUUUUGAAGACAUACAGUGGCACAGAAUCACUCUUUUAGUGAAAGGACAAACAGUGAAAUUUUCCGUGAAUAUCUUCAAGAGCACCGGUGCUUUUGAGCUAUGUGAGGGAGGAUCGCUUGUACAAUCAGGUAAAAUAAGCGUACUCGAGAAUAUGGAUAAAAUCGGUAUUUCGAAAUUUUCAUCGUCUCCAACAAAAACGGAUUUGCCACUUUUAGGGGAAGAUAUUUACAAAGACUUACUCCUGAGAGGAUAUGAGUACGGACAUAAUUUCAAAGGUAUUAUUAAGUCAAAUAAUGCAGCCUCUGAAGGUGAAAUCUUGUGGUGCGGAAAAUGGUCAAGCUUUUUAGAUAAGGUCUUUCAAUUUACCGUCAUCGAUAAGGAUGUAAGAGAACUAUAUCUACCUACUGGAAUGGAAAAAAUUAUUUUAAAUCCCAUUGAACACAUGAAGGCAUUGCAGUAUUCAAGUGAAAAUGCCCUUCCCGUUAUAUUAGACAAAGAAACAUCUAUAGUUAAAUGUGGUGGAAUAGAAGCAAGAGGUUUCAAAGCUGCAUUAUCUCAGAGAAAAUUAAAUCAAAGACAUCCAAAACUAGAAAAAUAUCAAUUCAUACCUUAUCACUACACUAAAAAAUUCGAGAAGAAUUUAGAAAUGAACAAAACUGAUAUACUGACAGUACUUUCCCAUAUCAUACUAGAAAAUUGUUCAGAUUCCCCUCAACUGAAGAUGAACGAAGUCAUUCUUGAUUUUCCUUUAGAAAAUGCAUUAGCUCCUGCUCUAAAAAAAAUCUUAGAGAGCGAACCUUUAGUAUCAGUUGAUUCGACGGUGAUAACAUUUGGUCAUGUUGAUACGGCGUUCUUAGAGGAAUAUAGUGUUAAACAUUCGAAUACAAUGAACGACAAUCUUCAUUUUGCAGUGUGUCAUAGCCUAGUCUCCCAAAAAGAUAUCCCCACAUUGAAAACUAUUUCGAAUUCAAUCGAAAAAGGAGGCUUCCUUCUAGUGGAAGAAAAAAGAGCGAAUCUAGACUGUAGCUAUUUACCCAGCAUUGGUCUACAAGUAGUCAGUAGUCAAUACACCGCAGAAAACACAUAUCUCCUUCUGCGGAAAAUCAUUAGUGAGAAUUCUGAUCGAGUCAUUAUCGAUGUAAGUUAUAAAAACUUCUCAUGGCUGCAAUCUUUAAAAGAUGCUAUGGGAGAAAGUGGAAAAAAAAAUACAAAAGUUUACCUUUACUCAAAUGAAAACUUGAACGGCUUAGUAGGAUUGGUGAAUGCUUUAAGGAAGGAACCAACUGGAAAGAAUGUGAGAUCGAUUCUCAUUCAAGACAGACUGCUCAAACCAUUCUCCAUAAAUGAUCAUUUGGAUCAGCUGAAGAAAGGUUUAGUUCAUAAUGUUUUCAAGGAUGGUGCAUGGGGCUCUUAUAGGCAUUUGAUGUUGGAGAAUGUCGAAAAAAGGAAUGAAAAACUGGUGUCACAUGCUACAAUCAAUACUCUCACUAGAGGAGACUUGGCCAGCUUAAGAUGGAUCGAGAGCCCUUUAUCCAAGGGAAAUUCAGAUGGUGUAGACAUCUGCCAUAUUUACUAUGCAUCUUUGAAUUUCCGAGACAUUAUGUUGGCAACAGGAAAACUGCCACCUGACGCCCUUCCCAAGAGCCUUUCGGGCCAGGAAAAUAUACUAGGCAUGGAAUUCGCUGGCAGAGAUUCCAAAGGAGAACGUAUCAUGGGAUUGUCAGAAUCUAGAAGUCUUGCAACCACUGUACAGUUAAGUCAAGAUUUUCUCUGGAAAGUACCGGACAAGUGGAGUUUAGAAGAGGCAGCUACUAUACCAGUAGUAUAUUCCACUGCCUACUAUGCCCUAGUUAUGCGAGCUCAACUACAACCAGGCGAAUCUGUGCUGAUACACGCAGGAAGUGGUGGUGUUGGCAUAGCUUCAAUUUCACUAGCUCUGCAUAUGGGUUGCAAGGUUUACACAACGGUCAGCAGCCAGAUCAAAAGAGAUUUCCUGAAGAAAAGAUUCCCGGCUCUGUCGGACCAAAGUAUUGGUUACUCUAGAGACACAUCUUUCGAGCAGUUUAUUCUCUCAGAAACACACGGUAGAGGUGUUGAUGUUGUCCUGAAUUCACUAGCGAAAGAUCAGCUAUUCGCCUCAGUAAGAUGCCUAGCGAAUAAUGGUAGAUUUUUAGAGAUUGGUAAAGUUGACUUAUCAAAUAAUUCCCGUCUGGGAUUAAACGUGUUUUUGAAGAAUAUAUCAUUCCACGGUAUUCUGGUAGAUGCUUUGUUCGAGCCAAAAAUGAGACAUGUUAUCCGAAAGCUGGUUAAGUUGGUUGCAGAAGGUAUAGAAAAUGGUGCUGUGCAACCUUUACCUGCAACAGUUUUCAAUGAAGACCAAAUCGAAGAAGCUUUCAGGUAUAUGGCAGCAGGUAAACAUAUAGGAAAGGUUGUAAUUAAAAUACGCGAAGAGGAGGCCCAAAAGAUUGUAAUACCAAAACCAAAAAUGGUACCAGCUAUACCACGAGCAUAUAUGAAUGGCAACAAGUCAUACAUCCUUGUCGGCGGACUUGGAGCAUUUGGACUGGAACUUACCAACUGGUUGGUGAACAGAGGAGCGACCAAAAUCCUUUUAACGUCAAGAACUGGUGUAAAAACAGGGUACCAAGCAUUUCGUUUGCGAAAAUUAAGACAAAGAGGAAUUCAAAUUGUUGUUUCAACUGAAGAUGUCACUACUGAAGAAGGAGCCAGAUGCCUCAUUGAAUGUGCAAAAACCCUAGGACCAGUUGGUGGCAUAUUCAACUUAGCAGCUGUGUUGAAAGAUUGCUGUAUCGAGAAUCAAACCGAAGAAAAGUUCAAAAUUUGUUGUCAGCCAAAGGUAGCCGGUACUAUUCAGUUGGAUAAGGUUUCUCGUGAUGAAAAAUUAGAUUAUUUCGUGACAUUCUCAUCUAUCACAUGUGGUAGAGGAAACAGUGGGCAAUCUAACUAUGCUUUUGCAAAUUCGGCGAUGGAACGAAUAUGUGAGGAUCGAAAAAAAAGCGGGUAUCCAGGUUUAGCCAUACAAUGGGGACCUAUCGGUGAUGUUGGUAUGGCGAUGAAACUAAUUAAAAACAAUGAUACUGAGGUAGCUGGAUUGCUCCCACAGAGAAUGUCAUCGUGUCUGGCUAGCAUGGACGUUCUGCUGGAGCAAACCAAUGCAGUCGUUUCAAGUUUCGUGUUGGCAGAUAGUCGACAUUCGAGGAAAGACGAUAAUAGUUUCAACUUAAUCGACACCUUAGCCAAUAUCCUCGGUAUCAAAAACAAGAAGAAUUGGCCUCCGAGCACUUCUCUAUCUGAUCUUGGUAUGGACUCACUGAUGGCAGCUGAAAUAAAACACACCCUCGAACGUAACUUCGAUAUUAUGUUGAACGCUGCAGAAAUAAGAAAUCUGACAUUGAAUAAGCUGAUUGAAUUUGAAUCGAAAGUUAAAACAGAGAAUGGCUCCUCUAAUAUCUCGACGAAUGGCGAGAAACAACGUUUUCAAGUAGAAAAACUAGAAUUGAUGCCGAGAGAGACUAUUGUGAAAAUUUCAAAAGAGAAAGUAGGAAAAAACAAAAGUCCUCUAUUUAUAAUACACCCGAUAGAAGGACACGUAGAGUCCUUGGUUGGUAUGGUCAAGCAUAUAGAUGCCCCAGUGUAUGGUCUACAAUGUACAGCAGACGCCCCAUUGGACAGCAUAGAGGUUCUUGCUAAAUUUUAUCUGAAACAUAUAAAAACUGUUCAGCCUAUUGGGCCAUACACGAUCGUUGGUUACUCAUUUGGAGCUAGCGUAGCUUUUGAAAUGGCUAUUCAGUUGGAAAAAGAAGGAGAAAAAGUUAAACUAUGGUUCUUGGAUGGUUCUCCUUCGUAUGUCUCCGUUCAUCUUGUCAAACAAAGAAUUAGUAAAUCAAUUGAGGGUUGUAACAUGGAUGUAGAACAGAGUGAAACCUUGGUUUUUUUCAUGACACAAUUCAAAGAGUUUGAGCAGCAGAAGGUUGUUGAUGAACUUAUGGCGUUACCUACAUGGGAGCAACGGCUAUCAAGAAGUAUGAAAAUGUUAUCCAAAAUGACUUCACUCCCAGAAAACCAGCUGAAUCUAGCAGCUUCUAGCUUCUUCCAUAGAUUACAAGCCGCUGAUAAAUACAAACCUUCAACAAAAUUCUGUGGUCCUGUUCGCCUGUUGAAAGCUACACAAAAUGAACUGACUUUAGGCAAAGAUUAUGGUUUAUCAGAGAUAUGUAAACAAGAAGUGAAAAUGGAUUUUGUUGAAGGAAAUCAUACUUCGAUAUUGACUGGAGCUACGGCUGAAAAAAUAGCCAAGUUGUUACAAGUUGAUACAUAAAACAAGAAUGUGAAAGUGCAGAAAGAGAAGUCUUCAUUAUAAUUCCUAUAAUUAGUAUCUAUCAUGUUUUCAGAAUUUAUUCAAUCACGACUAGAUUUUGGUGGUAGAAUGAAUUAAACGUGUAAAAAUCCCUAA